GUCGUUGACACACCACACCCACCCGCCCCCGCGUAUCUGCCUGGCAUACCGACCUUGUGUCAGAGAGAUAGGGCGUGUGGUGUGUGGCUAGGGUCCACCGUGCCUACACAACCGAGGCUGAGGGGACGAUGCAGGACCAAUACUUGCCGCCAGACGUGGUGAAGAGCACCUUUCGGCGAUUGCGAAGCAAACCCGAUAACAAGGUUUGUUUCGACUGUCCGACCCGGAAUCCCACCUGGGCGUCGGCGACGUACGGCAUUUUUAUCUGUUACGACUGCUCCGCGGUGCACCGGAACAUGGGGGUCCACGUGACCUUCGUCCGUAGCAUCGAGCUGGACAAGUGGAAGCCGUCGGAGAUGGAAGUCAUGAAGCGCGGCGGCAACGGCAACGCGCGUUCCUUCUUCCGCUCCCACGGGGUCACCGACAUGGAGAAGUCGGAGCAGAAGUACCACUCGCGCGCGGCGCAAAUGUACCGCGCCCACCUCAAGAAGGCGAUGGCCGAUCCCGGCGUCGUGACCCCCCCGCAGUCGCCGAGAGAGGACCCGGUGGACAACGUCGCCGACGGCCUGGACCGCCUCAUGGAGGACAUGGACGGCAAGCCGGCGGCUUCGGCGCCAGCCAAGGGCUUCACGAACGGCGGCGCGGCAGCCAAGGGCCUCGCAAAUGGCGGCGCCCCCUCGGUGGACGCGGCAGCAGCGGCGGCGAAGUUCGCACAAGCCUUCCCCUCGUCGCAUCCCGCCGCCCCGACCAGCGGGUCGGCAGCGGCAGGCGGGCAUGCCGCUGCUGAUGUUCCCGCUCCGCCGGCGGCGCCGGUCAAGCCGUACGAGCCGAAGCCCCGCGGGAGCCUGUCGGUGUCUCCGCCAACGGCUCCAGCGGCGGCGGCGGGCGCGGUAGACGAGCCGAAGGCGACGCCGGUGGUGCGACUCAUCUCCUCCAAGUCGCCCCCGCCGCGGAUUCGGAAGGGCGGUGCGAAGAAGAUGGGCGCGCGGAAGCUGGGCGCGAUGAAGAUCGGCAGCGGAGGAGCGGCGGUCAAGCUGUCGGGUUUCGAAGACACCACCACCGCCCCGGCGGCGGCGGCGGCAGCAGCAACACCGGGAGCGGCGGGGGGCGGAGAAGACGCGGACCUCGCGCUCGCCCGGAAGCUCCAGGAGGAGGAGGACCUUGCGGCGGCGGUGGCCGCCCCGUCGUCCCGCCUGGCGGCCGCCGCUUCGGCGGCUCUCGCGCCUCAACCGAGCAAGAGCAAGGCCGCCGGGGCCGGCGAGGGCGGCGGAGGGUCGAUUUACCGUUCCGCGAACGAUUCGAGCUCUUCUUCUUCCUACGGGGGCGGGGCGGGGGGGGCUUACGGGUACCGGAAUGGCACCAGCGGCAUCGGCUCGAGCAGCAGCAGCUACGGCAACGGGGGUGGGUACGGGGGUGGCGGCGGCGGCGGCGGGUCUUCGUUCGACAAAGGCAAGUACAAGAACGUGAAGGGCAUCGGUUCGGACAUGCUCUUCGGGGCCAAGGACGACGACCCGGAUGAGCAGGCGCGCCGGGCGAUGAAGAACCAGGAGUACAGCCAGUCGGCCGCCAUCAGCAGCGACAUGUACUUCGACAGAGAGGAGAACGGUGGGGGCGGGGGGGGUUACGACGGCGGGGUGGGCUUCGGGGACAUGGCGGACCAGAUCGCCGCCUCGGCGGCGGCACAAGCCGCGGGAAAGCUGAAGGACAUGACCAAGGGUUUCUUGGACGACCUGCAGAACAUGGUCGGUUGAAGCUGGACACGGAAAAGCAAGCCGUGCGUGGGCGCGGCCGCCGUGUUUGCGCUGCCGCGCGACAACUCAACCCCUUGACAGAGCAAACGCCUCCUGUCGCCAUUAACGUGCGUUUGUGACGACGAGACUGUAGAGCGCGCUUGCACGCGGCGGGGGAAUGCGCAAAACGAGGGUGGUGGCUCGUCGAAAAAUGCACCCAAAGGUCAGGAGGACGGUUGGAAUGAACCGAGUGUGCCGGAAACGUUCUAGUCUAGUACAGCAGUUGUUGUCGGCCAAUAUUUUUUUGCUCUUGCUUUCGCCGAAAUGUUUCGAGGAGAAGGAGAGUAAGCAGCCAUCCAAGUGGCGUGUAGUCCCGUGUUUUGGCCAGAAGUAAAUUAUUUCGUCAGCUACCUGGCAAUAUUUCAAAGGGCGCGAGCCCAAUCCACUCCUCACGGGGAGCUUUCGUCUUCCCGUAUGCAUGCUUGUCUCGCAAAACGUUUUGUGCCCGUGUGUUUCGUGCGCGUUGCCGCCGCAAUAAACCUUUUUGGUUUGGUCCUUGGUUGUUUGGUUGGCCUCGUUUUAGCGACAGAAUCACUUGCCUGUUGAACGCGUAUCUAGAAGGAGGAACGCGAACGACUGCGUUGGCUGAAUUAAUGCGGGUCAUGUUGUGUUCGUUACAACGCGCAUCAGGGCUGCGCAGUUGUUGUUUGUCGUGAGAGCGACACGCCCAUAUCUUGGAAGAAUACGGAGAAAGUCCGGAAUCGUCGUGCCGAUGUAAACGACAGGCAAACCUUUCGCUGUGGUGACGCUCGUUUAGUUUUGUCUUGGGAGAUUUUCGAUGAUUUUUUUUGGAGCUGUAAGGGGGGGAAGGGUUGCGUUGCAAGGUUACGAAGGACAGCUAUCAUUUUAGCUGCAUGUAAGCUAUUGUCUUGACGCUCGGUGUCUGUUGUGUAGUGCAGUUGAUGCGGUCGAUGCGCAAGAAGUAAGAUAGUUUGGAAAUCUGGUCUUGCACCAUGACCUAGGUGGAUGCUGGUGUCAUCGUCCACAGGGGCGGCGGGACAAAAAAAAAACGGCUAAGAGAGGCGCUCCUGCUAAAAAUGUGUGUGGCGUCAGAUUUGUCUGCUUGUCAUAUUUGGGCCGCUUAGCGCUGCCUCUACGACUGAAUUCGCUGUGCAUGGCCCUCUAUUUGCAGCCUCGCGGACGUUGUGAUGUGACCCACGCCAUUGAAGCUUGUACUAUAUACCGGCCUCGCCAGAAACGACGUUAGACCACUGUUUAUGGCAAAAAAAUCUUGAUCUUCCUUUCUUUCGACAAAUGUUGACUUUUUCGACCUUUUGGGCAGUCUGCCUCCCGAACGAGUUCGAAUCAGCUGUUCGACCUUUGAGAACAGUCACGGCUUUGGCUGAGAUGUCUACAGUUCGCCUACAUGUUUCGCCAGGGUCCACGUUUGAUU